UAAAAAACCAUCUGUUGCCAUUGUCAACCAAAUAAGUAUGCAAAACAUUUAUCGUUUUCUCUUAAAAAAAAAUAGAAGAAUAAGUGGAAAAAUUAAUCAUCAAAAAGUUUUUUUUUUUUGAUUAAACAAAUGAAUGAUUGAUCGGGUGUUAUGGUUAUCAAUUGAUCUUAUUAACAACUUUUACAAUGAUUAAGGAUAUUGGUUACAAAAUCGAUAACAGCAGCAUACCAACAGAUCAACAUUUCAUCCACAACAAUAAUAAUAAUAUUAUUUCGAUUGCCGAAAACAACAAUAAUACUUUUGUAUUGAUUUUGGUAUUCACUAGUUGGUCAGAAUUUCUGAAUUCUAUUUAUCGCGCAAUGGAUUUUGAAUCAUUUUCAUUAACAAAUAAUUCCGGUUAUAAUAUAUCGAAAUUAGUUUUGGAUUUUCAUAAUGUUUCACGUUAUGGUUUAGAUUUUCGUCGAUCUGAUGCAACCAUACUUGAUCAUGAUCUUCAAGAAUAUGCCUAUCAAAUGGCUACAUUCGGUAUUAUGGCCGGGAUUCUUUUUGCCAUUCUAACAUUCAUACUAUUUACCUUAUGUUUUUGUAUUUGUUUUUUUCGAAAUUCGGUUAAAAAACCAGUGAAUCAAUAUGAAUAUCAACGUAAUCGUCGUAAUAGUUGUUGUCGUUUUUCAUCAUUAAUUAUUAUAUUAAUUACAUUUUUAACAAUGGCUACAUAUAUUUUUAGUUUUAUUGGUCAACAACAAUUUAAUGAUUAUAAUUUGGAAACUUGCCAAACAAUUAGAUUAUUUGUCGAUAAGAUUGAAGAUACAAAUAAUCAAACAAUAAAAAUUAUCGAUAUUCUUGAUCCUUUAUUAGAUGAAAUAGAUUCAUCUAUGAAAAAAAUCAAAAUUGAUUUGGAAGAUGUAACUAUACCAGAUAUUAAACAAAAAUUCCAAAACAUUGAAACUGAAUAUAAUGAAGCCAUCGAAAAUGUAAAACCAUCAUUGAAUGAUAUCCGAAAUCAGAUGGGUGAUGAUGGCAAUUUUAAAGAAAUUCUUCGUCAAUUAGAUAAAUAUACAAAUCAAUGUGGCGAUUUUCAAAGUAAAAUUCAAAAAUUCUUAUUAAUCAUAUUGAUUGUAAUAUCAUUGUUUACAAUCAUAUUCAUUAUUGGUCUAUUUAAUGGUUGUCUUCGUGGUUGUUCAUGUUUUUUUGGCUUUAUUUUUAUGUUAAUUUUGGCAUUAUUUGGUACAAUCAGUUUUAUUGGUCUUGUUGGUGGUUCAGAUUUUUGUCUAUAUUCAAAACAAUUAUCACAAACACUUGAAAUGGAUCAAUCAUUAAGAAAUAAUUUAGAUUAUUAUUUUUAUUGUGAACCAAAACGAUUAUCCGAAUAUGGUUUUCAUUUAACCGAUACGAAAGAUUUAGAAAAUCUAUUCAAUGAAAUUCAUCAAUCUAUGAUUGAUGGUCGGCAACAAUUGACAAAAGCUGAUGAUUAUUUUAAACAAAUUAAUAUUCAAUGUCAACAAUAUGAAUCGUCAUUUGAUUCCGUUAAAAAAGUUUGUUCCGAUAUACGAACAUUGAAACCAAACGUCGAAAAAUUAAGUAAAAUAACCUUCGAUGUUGACAAUAUUUUACAACAAAUUGAAUGUCCAUCAAUCACACCAAUUAUUAAUAAUUUAUUAACAAAUAUCUGUACAGAUUUUUAUAAUUCAUUUUUUCUAUUUUUUCUAAAUUCAAUUUCGGCUGUAAUGGGUUAUUUCCUAUUACUUUGUAUUACUAUUACUAUUCUUUUAACUUUUUGAUAAUUCUUUUCUAUAUUUUUAUAUAAAAAUAGAUUUUUCCCGAAACAAAAUAUAUCUGU